UGUUUUUGUUAAUGAGUGAACUAUGCACCCCUUACUCAUUCAUGUGGGGUAUCCAGAGGUCCAUUAUCUUUAACCACUUGCCCUCCAGAGGAUUUACCCCCCUUAAUGACCAGGCCUCUUUUUGCUACUUGGUGCUGCACUAAUUCAACUGAUAAUUGCGCUGUCAUGCAAUGCUGGUACAUAAAUGAAAUGUAUGUCCUUUUUUCACACAAAUAGAGCUUUCUUUUGGUGGUAUUUGUUCACCUGUGUGCUUUUUAUUUUUGGCGUUAUAAACAAAAAAA